AUGGAUAAAGAACUCGAACGCCAAAUGAAGGAAUACGGGAAGAAAGUCCAAAGGAUGGGCCGGUUUUUCAAACGCUUUUUGGAAAAUCCCUCAAGCGUUGCUGUCUGGUCGGUUGCAAACACGAUUCUUAAUGACGUCCACGAAAGUUGGCCUGGCAUGAAGGGACGAAUUGACAAGCUCGUUCCAAAGGAUGAAGAAGGAAAGCAAGCAGAAGAAGAGGGAAAGAAGACAGAAGAAGAGAGAGUAUUUCCUUUUGAAAAUGAAAUUUGCUUCAAAUAUCGCGAAAAGAUGAGUCGUCGGUCACGUGUCCGAGAGGACAUCUCGACCUUGCUCAAAGUUGGCCGGAUCGCCAAAGCACACGAUCGGAAACGGAAACAAGAGCUCACCGGCGAAAUCAAGUCCGCCGAAGGAAUAACCUACAAAUACAACAAACUUGCGCUGAUCGAUCCUCUCUUCGACCCAAAAGAAGGAGAUACAGUGUCCUUCUCCGUAAUCGAGCUUUCUCCUGGCGAGUUUAUUGCGGCAGAGGUUCAGGAAUGCACUCAAGAAACAUACGCUGCUGGUGGAACUCCCAAGAAGACGAAACCGGCACCGUUGGCGUCGAGAAGCAGAAAAGCGCCGUUGAAAGAAUCUAACCGAAAUUCGCUCUCGUCAGAGAUCGUCUAUCGGGCAGGCAGCGGCAGACCAAAAACAGUUGUGAAAAUACGAAAAACAUCUGCGGAGGAAAACAGCGUCCCGAAAACGCCGAAGAACUACGGACUCAAGGAGACAUUUAGCACUGAAUCGCAAGAUGAUGGUGACGAGGAAGAAGAGGAAUUCAGCGAAACAUCGACGGAGGAUGAGAAGAAAAACACCGUGAAUUACUCUUGGGGUGAAACAGAAGGCUAUGGAACGAAAGGAAAGCUGUUCAAAAGCAUCAAGUUGACAUUCAAGAGCACCGUUGAAAUAAAAAUCGGAGAAUACGCACUUGUCCAAGACGAAGCCAGUACUGAUAACUUCUUCGUUUGUCGAGUUGAGGAACUGUACGAGAGUGAUGGUGAAAAAUUAGCGGAAGUAACUUGGUGCCUGAUGAUUGAUGAUUAUCACAAGAGCAUCAGAAGAUCGAGAAAUAAGGAUCAGUUGAGGAUAAAUGACUACUACGAUGACGAAGUGGUGAUGAUUAAAGACGGUAUGUUACAAACCAGGAUCGACGUCGAGUCAAUCGUUUGGAAAGCCCGCGUUUUCCACGCAGAUCAUCGUCAGAAAAUGUACGGUGAUUACGGAAUGAAAGACAAGCGAUACUUCUGCCGCUGGGUGUACGAUGGAUCGAAGGAGAAACUUUCCAAUAUUGAUAAAUGGCCAAGAGAUUUGAAAAGGCUAUCUGCGUUGCCGAAAAAAGAGACGGCUCCUUCGAAAAAGAUGUCGAGAAAAGAAGUGAUGCAGAUGUUUGAAGAAAGCUCGGAUGAUGAGCAUUCAGAUGAUAUUCAAUCACCAAAGAAGAGUAAGUUGAAGCUCAAGAAACUUCCGGAUUCGGAUGAAGAGAGUUCGGAAGAACUGCCUGUCGUUAGGACGAGAAAACAAUCUUCAGCGUCUUCAUCAAGUUCUGCGAGUUCCUCGAGCUCAAGAAGAUCAAGUGCUAGAAGACGAUUACUCAUCGACGAAGAAAAAGAAGAACCAGAGCGACGCAGUUCGAGGAGAAAAUCUGACUCCUCCGUUAGCUACAGUUCUUCAGAAAAGAAAAAGUCUUCCAAGAAAUCCACACUAUCUUCCAUUUCCGAAACGCCUUCGAAAGCCCUUGGUCGAGAGCUUGAAAAGAUGAACUUGAAAACAUCUCCAAAAAGAACUCGUCGUCCGAGCACCAGAAGAAGUGUCGCAGUGGUUCAAUCGACCCCGACGAAACAACAGAAAAAGACGACGAGGAAACCUUCCAAGACAGCAACGACAAGUAUAGCAGAGGAACCAGCGACGCCAAGCAAAGUGCUAGCAAAAGAUGUUGAAAAUCUGUCGAUCAGGAGGAGCUCUAGGAGAAGCGCGGCUAAUGCUACCGCAGCGAUAAAAUUCGGCAAUUACAAGGAAAAAUACGAAACAUUGCAGUGUAAAACAGAUGAGAAACUACAGAGAGUGGAGAAGGGGUACAAACCAGAGUGCUCUUCCGAUUCUAGCGAGGGUUCCAGCGGAGAUACGUCGUCGGAAGUGGAGACAGAUUCAGAUGACGCGAUCAUGAAGACUCCUAGAAAACGACCAAGAGGAUGGAGAGGUGCGAAAACGCCGACCAAGACUCCUUGCAAAACUCCAAAGAAACUCGCGACAAAGACACCAAUGAAAACUCCGUCGAAAAAAGGAAUGGCCGAUGCUGUGUACAAGAAAUCCGCUGCUCCCAGUCGUCAAGUUCUUCCAGAUGAAAUUCUCAAAUCAAACGACCUGUUAUCGAUCUUAGAUCAAACUUCAAAACGACUUGAUAUCAACUCUGUGCCUGAAUCACUGCCGUGCCGAGAGGACCAGUACCAGAAUAUCUACAACUUCAUCGAGGACAAAAUAAAGCACAACACAGGUGGAUGCCUUUACAUUUCUGGCGUCCCAGGAACUGGCAAGACAGCGACAACUCAUGAAGUCAUCACUGCAUUGAGGGAAGAAGCCGAGAACGGAAAGCUGAAAAAAUACAAGUUCGUCGAUGUCAAUGGUAUGCGAAUGACGACGCCAAAGCAAGUCUAUUCUGCGAUCUGGAGUCAACUUACUGGAGAGAAAAGAACAGCUGAUCAUGCAUCAGAGCUUCUAGAGGCGAGAUUCGCAGGGAAAGAAAAUGCUCGUGGAAAAACUGAGCCAAUUUUGAUGCUCGUCGAUGAGCUUGACCAGCUGAUGACGCGGAAGCAAGACGUUUUGUACAGAAUAUUCGAUUGGCCUCAGCGCUCAAAGUUGAUCGUGAUUGCAAUCGCCAAUACUUUCGAUCUUCCUGAGCGAGUUAUGAUGCGUCGAGUGGCUUCUCGUCUUGGUCUUUCUCGAGAAACUUUCAACCCGUAUACUUUCAAGCAACUCGAGGAAAUUAUCAGAGCUCGACUUGGUCCGAAUCUCUCACGGCUUUUUGAAGACACUGGUCUUGCUUUUGUAUCGAGAAAGGUGGCGAGCUUAUCUGGAGAUGCAAGAAGAUGCUUGGAAAUUUGCCGCCAGUCGGUUGAGCAAUCUAUUUUGAGAUAUGAAGAGACAAAAGAUCCACGAUCCGUCUACAUAACUCUUGAUGACAUCAUCAAGGCAGUCAACGCUGUCAGUUGUAACCCUGCCAUUGUGAUGAUGAAAGCUUGCCCAACUUUUGCGCAAAUUUUCUUGCGAGGCACGGUCGCUGCUUUCAGAAGUUUAGGAGUUGAAGAAGCCUCCGUUGAUGAUGUUAUAGAUCAUUCCGGUGUGAUCGCCCAUAUGGACGGAGAACGCAAGCCAGAGUCCUUCGAGCUUCUUCAGGUUGCCGGUUACUUGGAAACAGUAGGACUUAUACUCGUUGACAAUCUCCAAAGUGGCAUUCACGCAAAGGUUCGCCUCAACGUUUCACCAGAAGACGUACUUUUCGCACUCAACACCGAGAAAAAAUAG